UUCAUGGAUGAGAUUAAUUUGGAUGGUCCAAUCAGUCACCAGAUGGGGUGGUGUCCGAGCACUUAACACAUACAAAAUGUCACACAUCUUUCAGGCAAAUAUCAUAUCUAUCAUUGACAUGUGUCCUUGUCAAUAUGAUAUGGUUAGGCAAAUAUCAUGUCCUACAUGGUAACAUCUCCAAAUCACUUGUCAUAUAUUCAUAUAUAGAUAAGGUAAGCUAAUAGGUUCCGUUAUUAACAUGACAAGUAAUGAAAGAUCGGUCUUUGGCGUGAAAAAGGAAUACUACUAUCGCUUGCCAAAUUGGUGUCUUGUCCUGUUGACCAACUUCGCUGGCAAUGAAAGAUCAAAAUGUGUUUUUUUCUGCAUUUUUUAUGUUCGUUCCUCUGUCCCCAAAAACGCAGAGAAAGAGAGAGAGGAUAUGUCUAAGCAACCUCUGAUGAUAGACGCUUGGAUCAGGGAGGCACAAAAUGCAGAAAAUUUGGUGGAGGAUUUGGAGAGAAGAGUCGAGAACAAAAACCCACUACAAGAACAUUGUCUUUUAGGCUUCACCGCCCAAUCCAAGCUUCUUGCAGCGGGUGUCAUUCUUGAUCGCCUUGAAUCACUUCUCCGCAACCCACCUUCAAAACCAAUCUUAAGUGAUGAGGAUUUAAAAUAUCGAUGGCAAAUGUUAUCUGAUAUGCAGCUAAGAACAAGAUCACUGGCACUCAGCCUCUAUUCAGUUUCUUCCCUGAACAGGGCAGCAUGCUUAGCUGCUAAAGAUCCCGAUGGAACCAUCAAGAGCCAGGACAAAGAUCAAAUUAGGGACUCAUUCUCGAAAGAUGAUCCCGAGUUACUCAACCCUCUCAUUUCAGAGGAUGCAGCACAAAGUGAAGAACAGCUGUCAACUUUCACAUCUUUUGAGCAGACAAAACAAUCUGGUUCUUGUAUGACAAUGGGUUUACUCGGGAAGACUUGUCAAAUAAUCGGUCUAAUUCUUGGAGCAGCUGCUCUCGUAUUUAUCUUGGUCACUCUAUGUGCAAUUCUGUGAUGAUUACAAAAUAGGGUCUUUAUAUAUUCCAGAACAGAGCAGGCCUGUAUACGACAUCGAUCAAGUAUAUUAUUUAUUAUCUUGGAAUGGUAUUAGAAGAACAUUGUAAAACUGUUUUGUCAGCAUAGAGUAGCAUGUUAGGUAAUCUACAGAGGGAGGUUCUUGAAACAAUAGAUGAGUUCAGCCUGACAUUUUCAGUUGGAAGGCAAGCUGAAUUGUUCGACUAAUCUCAUUGACACUUUACAACUUGCUAAGGGACUUGAAGAGGUUGUCAGCGAUUCAAGCACUCUUGAUUUAUGGGGUAACCAAAGGCGGACGGUUAUACUUAUCCAGCUUAAAAAUGACGGAUUUUUGUUAUGAUUUUCAAUAUUCUUGUCACAAAAUACUAGUAUUUGCAUUGUGUGAAUGUUUGUCGCCUGGAGAAUCAUGAGAUGGCACUCAUGUUUGUUAUCUUAGAGGUCUCGAGUUCGAACCUCUCUAUUCCCCCUUUUUCUGUAUUUAAAAAAGGAAUGUUUGUUGCAUGAAUUUGCUAAUAUCAUGAUACAGUGAAGGGGUUGCAUUGUCAA